CCCUCCCAACCAGAGAAACCCAAAAUGGUUGAUAGUGAAAGGAGAGAUUGCAAUGCCUUAACUUUGGCAGUUGACGAGCAAGCGCAUCAUGAUGGUACUGAUACUCAUACUGAUCCUGACGUAGAAAAAGAAAUUGAAGAAGGCGCGGUACUGACGAAGUCAUCAUCAAAGGAAACCGUAAUGGCUCAGGCGAAGGAUCUGGUGCAGGAUAGCACAACAGGAGACUCGUGUGGAGCUUCAGCAGCUUCUAUUGCUGAUGAGGGCAAGGAGGAGGAAGGGAAGGAGACAAUGCAGAGUGAGGCGACGCGUUAUGGUAGCUUGGACUUGGACAAUGAAGAUGAAUGGAUCGUUUUAGGUUGUAGAUACCUUCUAGUAAAGGUCAGAAACGCCACAGAUUCGAGCUCUAGUUUCAGUUCAUCCGUAAAACAAUUUUAAUUUGCUUCGUUUGAGUCUUUUGAA